UCAAGCACAAUGUCAUUGAGCCAAAGAUUUCAGAGGUGCCAGUUCUCUUGAAUGUAAUUAGGAUUAUCCAUUUAUUUAUGAAUUAAGGUUUUACUCAAAACUGUUAUGAUUUAUUUAAUUAAACAGCGUUUUAAUAGUGAUAACUUUUGAUAGUGAUAACUUUCGAUAUAAAUGGAGGACCGGCUAAAGUUCAUAAUUUUGCUUGUGUUUAAAUUAGCUUUUGGCAAAGAACUGGAUGUGGACCUUCCACUAUGCCCAACGGAUAUACAGUUCCUCCCUCAAUCACUGCCGAUGCAUUGCCGUCUCCCGCGAAAUGCGAACUUCGCGUCUUUUGACGGUGAAAAGCCCACGCCAACGCUGCCACCAUACUUGGCGCCUUUCUAUCAAAGUCCAGCUCCAAGUAAAGUCCCGUUUCCCAUGCCUCCUGGGUUCCCCGGAUACCCCGGCAUGCAGUUGUCCGGGGCGGCACCAUCUAUAGUCGCACCUUUGCCCGCGCCCCCACCGGCGCUGCCCGGCGUCGUGCCGGCACGUAUAUCACCCAUACAAGUCAGCGGCCCCGCGCACAAGCUUCCUGUUAUAGUUAUGCCAUUCUACUCUCCUGACAAAUCGUUCAGAUCUUCGCAAAGGCCUGCCCAAUCGCAAAGUUAUUCCGACGACCCAGAUACAGACUCAUCUAACACUUCGUCAGAUGAUACGUCUUCAGACACCGACACUUCCUCUGAUAGUGAUACUCAAAGUGAUCAUAGUCGUGAUCGAGACCAUGACCGAGAUCAUGAGCGCGGUCGAGAGCGGGACCGGGACAGUGAUGACGGCUGGUGGAAAUCAAAGAGAGGAUUCAGGAGAAGCAGCAGGAGGCAUUCGGCACACAAACAUCGAGGACAUAGGAUGAAAAAGAAAUGGCCGCGGGAAAUAAUCACUCCAAUUCUGCAAUAUGUUAAUGAUAAUGGGUAUGUCAUUUUCGAAAAGAAGAUAAGUAAAGUUGAAGCUAAGGAGUGGUUGAAUGGAGAAAAUGGGACAAGCAGUGAUGGGCCCAAAGAGUUUGAAGAAUACGAAGAGAAAGAGAAAGAAGUGUAUGACAAUAAGGUCGAGGGCGAUAAAAAAGAGAACCAUAAGAGCAAAACACUACAUCGACCGGCUUCGCAGCAUCACAAGAGUGAAGAGAAAACACAUAGUUUGCACACUAAAUUAAUAAAUAUAGAACCGGCGCAACCUCAAAUCGUUAAAAAACACCACAAGCAUCAAAAUAUGUCGAGUACCAAAUACACGAGUAAAGAACCAAAAUCGAAUGCCAAAGAUGCUGAAUUGAGUGACAUGAAAGAAAUGAUGUAAAAACUUUGUAAAAGUACUUUUUCAUUUUUAUACCGAAAAUGCAAAUAAAUAUUUUGUAUAAUUUCA